AAUUUAUGCUAAGUUAAUGUAUCUCAAGGGUAUAUAGCAGUGUUAGGUAACCUUAAUUACUUGGCCGUUAAAAGACGGAAUAAGCUUUAUACUGCCCCACAAUAGGCCGUCCCGUCCCGCGCAUACCCGUAAACUGCGAGUAAUUGCCGAUCUGAUUGAUGCAUUAAGCAUGUCAACGUCAUGCGCGGUUUGUCUCUCAACUUAAACAGUUACGACUCUUUCCCCCCUUUUCAAUUAGCGGGUGUUCUCAUUCGAACCAUUGCUUAGCUAGCUGUCUAUUCGUUUAUAAUAUCUAGUACUCCGCGGCGGUAUAUUGAAUCAGAAUAGCAAACAUGGCAGAGUCUUCUCAACCCCUCCGGAUCGGCUUCGUGCCGGAGCACUUUUCUACGCCGCUCUACUUCGCCCAGAAGCAUUUCGGUCUCACAGCUACACUGAUUCCGUUCCCCUCCGGAACGGGUCAUAUGAUUACAGCUAUGCGGUCCGGCGAAAUCGAUGUUGGUAUUGGCUUGACGGAAGCUUGGGUUGCGGGUCUUGGCAAGGAAGAUACGCCUGGCGACGGCGGCUACCGCAUCGUCGGGACUUACGUUGAAACCCCUCUAGGCUGGGCGAUUUCGACUGGCGCUAAACGGCCUGAGAUCACUUCUGUCGACUCACUGAAGGGGUCUAAGAUCGGGAUCUCACGCUACGGCUCCGGCAGCCAAGUAAUGGGCUACGUACUAGCCGACCAGCAAGGCUGGUUGACGCCUGGUGUAUCGCCGUACUCAGACUUCGUAGUGCUGCAGAAUUUUGCGAACCUCCGGAACGCGGUUAACGACGGCACAGCCGACUUCUUCAUGUGGGAGCACUUCACGUCGAAGCGGUACUACGACAGCGGGGAAAUCCGGCGCGUCGGCGAGAUCUACACGCCGUGGAGCAGCUGGAAGAUUGUGGCGUCGACGGCGCUGCUGCCGGAGCAAAACCCGGAUAAGCGACUCCUAGACUUGUUUAAGAAGCUAGAUGAGGGCAUCAACUACUUUUCUUCGCAUCAUGAUGAGGCAGUCAAGUAUAUCAGCACCGAGCUUGAUUAUUCAGAGGCGGAUGCGAGAGAGUGGCUGCGCACGGUACAGUUUGCUAUUAAAACAGAAGGCGUGGACUUGAAGGUCAUCCAGAGCUGUGUCAAUAUCUUGCGUAAAGCUGGAGUUCUGGCUGAGGGCAAGGGUUUACAGCCGGAGAGCAUGUUGGUUAAGGGAUUAGGUGCGCAAUUCCCGCAAUAAGUCCUAUGGUAUUUUCAUAUAAAAUAAGAAUACAAAGUCUUUGAAAAGGAGAGACUGCCGCUUAUUCUUACUUGCUUAUCAUCUACCUAUGUCUAUGUACAUGUACCUAGGUACUUACCUUAGGUACAUUUUGACAUUGCAUCGUACUAAGCCUUUAGGAUCGCAAUUCGACAUAAAAGUCGUCAUUGCUUUAG